CUGUCAGGCGGACUGCGUGAUGGCGGCGCCCGUGACGUCGCUGGCACAUUGACUUCUACCCUAGUCGUGCGCGCGCUUGUCCUCCACGUUGCUGUGGAUUGAAAACCAGGGAGGGGGUUUGCUGUAAAUAAAACAAUACGUGUAGAACGGGCGUUCCGGUAAAUGUAGUUAUGUGUGCUUGUAAAUGGUAAUAUAAUAGCGCUUUCUUCAACCUACUAGCCUGCUACCUGCUAGUUAGCCAUCUGCUAAGUGUUUACCGAAGAAGAUGGCUCUUCACAGAAUUUCCCUGAGGUUUCGGCAAACUGUGAGUUUGGAAGUGACGCAUGUUCGGUGGCUUCAUAUAAGUGGAUCAGGCCUGCAGCAGGAAGCCUUGGCAGUUGAACCAGAACCUGAGCCCUUUUCAGUCUUCAGAACACAGGAAAAUGAUCCAGCUCGUCAUUCAGAAAAACACAUUGGACAGUUUUACACUAUACCGUCCGAACAUAUCCGCACCUUCUUCCCUCAUGGCCUCCCUCGACGCUAUCAGCAGCAGGUGAAAACCUUUACUGAAGCCACCAUAAUGGUCAGGCAGCCCGCCUUGGAGGUCAUCUCCUACCUGAAGGAAACGGAUAUAAGCAAACCUGUGCAGCGAUAUAUGUUUUAUGGACUAAAGGGCGGUGGAAAGACGAUGUCCCUUUGUCAUGCUGUCCACUUUUGCCACACACAGGGAUGGCUAGUGCUUCAUAUACCUGACGCUCACAUUUGGGUGAAGAACUGCAAGGAGCUACUUCCUUCAGCCUUUAACCCGUCUCGCUUUGACCAGCCUUUACAAGCCACCGAGUGGUUGCGCAACUUUAAAAUCACCAAUGAACACUUCCUGUCCAAGAUAAAAACAAGGCAGCGCUAUGUGUGGACGAAGAGAGAGCACACAGAGGAAGGAAGAUCUCUUGGGGAGCUGGUGGAUCAGGGCAUCUCUCGAGUAAAGAGCAGCAGUGACGUUGUAGGAGCGGUGAUGAAGGAACUGAGGCAGCAGAGCGGACAGCCAGGCUGUGACUUUCGUCUGGCUGUGGCCGUGGACGGUGUCAAUGCCCUGUGGGGUAAGUCCAGCAUUAAGAAGGAGGACAAGAGUGAGGUGGAUCCAGGUGAGCUCACGCUGGUAUAUAACCUGAGGAAGAUGAUGAAGAAUGACUGGACGGGAGGCGCCAUCAUGACAACUGUGGGUCACACAGGGGCUGUGUAUCCAUCCAAAUUGGCCUACUUGCCUCAGGAACUGCUAGGAGAGAGAGGAUUUGAUAACAUGGACCCAUUUAUCCCAGUGUCGGUGCCAUACUACAGUGAGAAGGAGUUUGAGAGCUGCUAUCUCUACUACAUAGACCGCAACUGGCUGCAGCACCCAAUGAGCCGAACAGAGGAGGGCAAGAAAGAGCUCAUCUUUAUGACGGACAGGAUACCUUCAUUAAUGGACAGAAUUUGUGCGUUCUUAUGAAGCUUCAGACACCAUCCACUCAUGCCACAUACAUAUCUGUACUCUAGAUAUGUUGUAACUCAAUAUUCAUGUCUAUAAUGUGUAUCUGUAAAUUAUUCAUUCACCAUGUUUGCUAAUAAAAUGGUUAAA